AAAACUUCAGAAUCCAGUUAUUCACGCUUCCCGUCGUGACCACCGAUCACUGCCUUCGAAGCUCACUUUCCACCAAGAAGGCAGACAUGCAUAGUUUUCUUUUUAGGAAAUGCAAUCCGCAACGCGCAAAUCCUCCUUGAGCUUCCGCACAUCAGGGUUUCCCAGGCUGCAAUCAUCUAGCAGAACCAAUGGCGCGCACUUUGCCUUGGACGGUUGACCAUCUUCCGCCAGCCAAGAGAGCGCGAGUGGCUCCUGCGCCGCAUGUCAAGCAUGAGAGAGCAUCCCCUCCAGCGCGCAGCGACAGUUUGGCCGAUAGCACACCCGCGACUGACCGGGGACGCUCCGUCAAGGCAUCUGCUUCAGCAGAUCCAAGUCGGAGGACACCUUCUUCAUCUCCUCUUCGAGGCCCCCCAACAACAGAGUAAGCCAUCCUAGUCGGCUACAGAGAAUAUGCUCUGACGGCCAUGCAGGCUCAUGCGAGAGGGGUACGAUGGCGAUGACAUCUACAUCAUGGUGGAAGACGAGUUCCAGACGGUCGCACAGUCGUAUACCGCACAUCUGCAUCACGCCGAAUACAAGAGAUUGGUCAAACAAGCACGGAAAGCAGUGCCGAAAGCCCUUCCUGAACCCACGUCGCCUAUGUCCGAGAAGACAAAGAGACGACUCAAAUCUGCUGCCUUACAGAACAAGCAAAAAGAGAUUUUACGACGAGUCAUUAGAGGUCCGGUGGUCGACGAUGAGGAAGACGAAGACAAGGUCACCGACUUGUGGUCUGGCACCAGUCUCGCUCCGCUGAUGGCGAGUAACAGCCAGCAGAAGAGGUCUCUUGUUGGUUUGGAGGGAAUUUCGAGCAGUACAAAGGCUGGCAUGGGUCUCGCCAGAAGUCCGAGCAGCAGAAGAAGCACCACCAACCUGGGAACAGAUCAUUUCGCACAACAGACAUCCUCCAAACGAGACAAUUCUAAUGGUUCCUCGAUUUUGGUGGCAGAAAAGCAGGAAACUCUGCAAAACGGUCUUCACCCCGCGUCGACAUCUAGACUGUCCGACCACACUGUCCGACAACACAGGAACUCUCCAGUGCCUAGCAGAUCCGAUGAGCGAACUACGAAGCACAGGUUCGUUGUGGACCUCGACGAUGAUUCUGUCGCAACAGCAGCCGUGGAUGACUCUCAUGAUGGUGCUCGCAGAUCAAGAGCAGGGCCGCAAGCAGAUGGAAGACACCUAUCCAAAAGCAUGGCAGACAAGGAAAGGGACAAGAAAUUGCGAUUCGAGGAAGUUCCGUUGUUCAUAAUUUGAAUUCCCUCGCAAGACUUUGUGCUCUUAUCCUAUUUCCAUCAGCGUAUCCAAGGGUUGGACCGACAUAACCGCCCAGAAAACCGCUGAUCAGCGGAGGGUUCUGCGAAUACAUGGCACAUGGUAACAGUCUGCCGUCAUCUGAAGCAGAUGUCGAUUGUUUGGAUUCUCUUCUCCUGGGAGCUCGAUGCGUAGCUAUCCUGUGCGUGGCUGAACAGUGCCUGGGUUGUACCUGUUGUACUUCUAUCCAGCUGUAUUCUCCCGAGGCUGUGUUUUUGAGGCAAUGUGCAUGGCUUGGGCAUCUUCUCGAGCCUUUUCCACGAGAAUCGCGUUCCUGAGGGUCAUAUAUCAGCAUAUGUUCCGUAGGAAGGGGUUCGUCUUGGAGACUUGUACCCGUCAACAUCUGUUCCAAGAGUGAUGUUCUCCCGACGAAAAUCAGUUGGAUGUCCCUUUGGUUGGUACAUAUCAGCAACUCGUGGUCAAGACACCUCGCUGUCCUCAACUUACAAUGAUGAGUUUUCUCUCCUUUGGAGCUCGUUGGAGGUGUCCUCGCAGUUUUCCUUUGAGCCAUUUGCGACCCGAGCGAAACUUGUUCAUUGCGGCAGCUUUGAGUUCUCGAAGCGAUGGCAUUGACCGGUUCACAGCGAAACAAUAGGACUCGGGUUUCUUGGAGUUGCGAGCGAGUGGACUUGCUUGGUGCUCGGACGGACGCCCUUGAGACCGACUCGAUCAGUUAUACACAGAAGGUGGGUGAGGCAGAGCUGUGCAUGCCCGUUUGUCGACCUGGCUUUGGUCUGUUUGAACAGCAGAGAAACCAAUUUUCGUUUGCCGCGCCGUGACAAGACAUGUACAAAGGAGUGACCAGUAAGUUGGAGGUGAAACGAGUGUAUAAAGGAAAGGAAGGAAAAGGUGAGAGACGAAGAACAUGCACCUUGCGAAGAAAAGAGACUGAGAAAAGAACGGACGGAGGAUCAGGCCAUGACUCGAUGUCGUGGCGCUCAGGUUGCCUUGGUGAGGGACGGUGAAGACAAUGUGAGAUGGAGGAGUGAUGGCAGAAUGCCUAGUAUGCGGAGCCCUUUCAAUGUGUCAAAACCGAGGCCUCAUUCAUUGUUCAGGACGCACACGCCCACGCACAACGAGACAAUGCGAGCGUGACGCCGUUGACGAGGAGUCCGCCGUUCCCUGCCCUGGUGAGAUCUGCACACCAACACAAGGGAUGUAAAUAGGAUCGGCGGAGAUAUCAAACGCGGUCAUUGAGGAAUCCCAUUGCCAACACGACCGGCCAAACCGCUCUCAUGGCACCACCACCACCUUCUGAAACAGUGGGGAGCCUAUUGACGCAAACGAGACACAUCCUCCCGCCUCGUACAAAAGCGUGUUCUGCAAAAUGACCCGUGCUCCCCCCAUUCCUCGGGUUGAUCCGACGGGGGCGGUGACGAUGCGGGCAAGCCAAGGUUCGGGGGCAUGCUGCUCCUUGCGUCAAAACUCGUGCAUGGCACGGUGCCCUCGACUGCACCUUAUUGAUUGAUUGGCAUCUCUCUCAAUUACCGGACUCCCCCCCUCCGAGUUACACGACCUGUGGAAGCAAGCCAAGGGGGGAGGGGGCUUCCAGAAGACUGCCCCUUCUUGCCUGCCCGGUCUCAAUGCUCGAUUCUCCAUGAUGCCGAACCCCUCCUCCCCUUGCAUGGCAGAAGAAAGUUGAAGUCGGUGGUGGCAUUCAAGAGAAUGGACGAUCAUUCAAGGGAUACAUUGCUGAUGGACGGGACAUCAUUGUAACCCUAACGUUGGCCAAGACGAGUUGUCGUGACCUCGCAUGCAGAGGCUGGAUAAAUAAGAGACAGGACGAGGCACAACUCGAGUCAAGUAUUCUAUCAUUGCGGCAUAACAGCCGACUACAUCUCCCAACGCCUCAGACGCCCUCCCGUUCACCCUUUGCUUCGACUGGAAUGGGGGGAUGGAAUCGCCGUCAUUGCAUCUUCAUUGAGACCGAAAGGGCAUCACGCGCCACUCAAUCCUGGCUCGUGUCCACCACGGUUGCCAAGGCAUACUUCUCGUUCUGCUCCCUCAUCUCCCUCGCAAACUCGCUCACAUGCUCGGGGACACUGCUCACUCGGUUUGCCUUCUCAUCCCCUUCCACGACGCCCUUGUACGCCACGGGCUCCCCGAAACACUCCCACACGGGGAUGACGCCGGUCCAGACGGUGUCGCGGAUGUCGUCCCUCUUCAGGUCCUUGAGCUCGUCGCGCGGGCCGCCGACGCGGACCUUGCCGCUGCCGCCGACGACCUUGACCCGGAGGAUGCUGGUGCUCUGCAUCUCGGCGCCGUCGGGCGGCACCCGCGUGUGGCGCCAGCGGUCGCGCACGACCGAGUUGGUGACCUGCUCCAUGGCCCAGAGCUUCUCCUCGAGCGU